UAUUAUACAUAAAAGAUGAUAAAGUGUAUUUGUUUCAACAUAAAAAUUACGGGUUUGCCCUCGUCUCCUCCAAGAUGGCGAGCGGCGGCAGCGGGGGGGGUUUCAGUGCCUGCGCUGUGGAGUGAAGUGAACCGGUAUGGCCAGAACGGCGACUUCACGCGCGCUCUCAAGACCGUCAAUAAGAUAUUACAGAGCAACAAAGAUGAUGUAACUGCCCUGCAUUGUAAAGUGGUAUGCCUUAUCCAGAAUGGAAGUUUCAAGGAAGCCUUGAAUGUCAUCAAUACUCACACCAAAGUGUUAGCCAAUAACUCUCUCUCUUUUGAAAAGGCAUAUUGCGAGUACUGGCUGAACAGAAUUGAGAAUGCCUUGAAGACAAUAGAAAAUUCCACCCAGCAGACAGACAAACUGAAGGAGCUUUAUGGACAAAUGUUAUACCGUUUGGAACGCUAUGAUGAAUGCUUAGCGGUAUAUAGAGAUCUCGUCCGAAACUCCCAAGAUGAUUAUGAUGAGGAGAGGAAAACAAACCUUUCAGCAGUUGUUGCAGCUCAGAGCAAUUGGGAAAAAGUGGUUCCAGAGAACUUGGGCUUCCAAGAAGGCACGCACGAGCUGUGCUACAACACUGCAUGUGCACUGAUAGGCCAAGGCCAGCUGCACCAAGCCAUGAAAAUCCUGCAAAAAGCUGAAGAUCUUUGCCGCCGUUCAUUAUCAGAAGAUGCUGAUGGGACUGAGGAGGACCCACAGGCAGAAAUGGCCAUCAUUCAUGGUCAGAUGGCCUAUAUUCUGCAGCUUCAGGGUCGAACAGAGGAGGCUUUGCAACUUUACAAUCAAAUAAUAAAACUAAAACCAACAGAUGUGGGAUUACUAGCUGUAAUUGCAAAUAACAUCAUUACCAUUAACAAGGACCAAAAUGUCUUUGACUCCAGGAAGAAAGUGAAAUUAACCAAUGCAGAAGGAGUAGAGUUUAAGCUUUCCAAGAAACAACUACAAGCUAUAGAGUUUAACAAAGCUUUACUUGCUAUGUAUACAAACCAGGCUGAACAAUGCCGCAGAAUAUCUGCCAGUUUACAGUCCCAGAGUCCUGAGCAUCUCUUACCUGUGUUAAUCCAGGCUGCCCAGCUCUGCCGUGAAAAGCAGCACACAAAAGCAAUCGAGCUACUUCAGGAAUUUUCAGAUCAGCAUCCAGAAAAUGCAGCUGAAAUUAAGCUGACCAUGGCACAGUUGAAAAUUUCUCAAGGUAAUAUUUCUAAAGCAUGUCUAAUAUUGAGAAGCAUACAGGAGUUAAAUCAUAAACCAGGCAUGGUAUCUGCAUUAGUGACCAUGUAUAGUCAUGAAGAAGAUAUUGAUAGUGCCAUUGAGGUCUUCACACAAGCUAUCCAGUGGUGUCAAAGCCAUCAGCCCAAAUCUGCUGCUCAUUUGUCCUUGAUAAGAGAAGCUGCAAACUUCAAACUCAAAUAUGGGCGGAAGAAGGAGGCAAUUAGUGACCUAGAACAGCUAUGGAAACAAAACCCAAAAGAUAUCCCCCCCCCUGCACAGCUUAUUUCUGCUUACUCACUUGUAGAUCCAGAGAAAGCCAAAGCUCUUGGUAAACACUUGCCAUCGUCAGAUAGUAUGUCUCUCAAAGUAGAUGUUGAGGCUCUUGAAAAUUCUCCUGGUGCUACAUACAUUCGGAAGAAGGGUGGAAAAGUUACCGGAGAUAGUCAACCAAAGGAACAAGGACAGGGAGAUUUGAAAAAGAAGAAAAAGAAAAAGAAGGGAAAAUUGCCUAAGAAUUACGACCCAAAAGUUACCCCAGAUCCAGAAAGAUGGCUGCCAAUGCGAGAACGUUCUUACUACCGGGGAAGAAAGAAGGGUAAAAAGAAGGAUCAGAUUGGAAAAGGGACCCAGGGAGCAACUGCAGGAGCUUCAUCUGAACUGGAUGCCAGUAAAACUGUGAGCAGCCCACCCACCUCCCCAAGACCUGGCAGUGCAGCAACAGUAUCUGCCUCUACAAGUAACAUCAUACCCCCAAGACACCAGAAACCUGCAGGGGCUCCAGCAACAAAAAAGAAACAGCAACAGAAAAAGAAGAAAGGUGGAAAAGGUGGCUGGUGAUGAGAAUAUUCUUGUUGCAGGCUGUUAUUAAACUAGUCUCAGUGACACUAGGAAUAUAAUAAAGGUAACACAGCAAGAAGCACAGAACUGCUCUCUCUUCAUCUCCAUAUUUUCAUAAAUAAUUUCUUGUGUUUCAAAUAGGGAAACAUCUUCCUCAAAGUCUGCCUGUUGGUUGCCUCAUAGCUUUGUACAGGUUAUGAGGACUGAAAAUAACUGGGCAUUUACCCAUCUUGGUAUCUGUUGUAUCCUUUAUCUGUGUGUGCUGAUUUGAUCUUUUUUCAGUUUCACAAACCUUAUCUAAGGUUUCCCAGGAUUUAAACAGAAACUACUUCUAUUUCAGCUAGAGUCUGAAGAUAAUUGCUUCUGUUCAAGUCCCACUUUAAAUUAUGUCUUAGGAGGCCUUAGGAGACUGAAAGUGGAAGCUUCUGAGCAUUCCAGAAUAUCUGCUUAGAAAUAUCAUGUGAUAAAGAGGGACCUUCUUAAUACACUGAUGUUCUUCGACUAAUUAAAUGAAUGGCCACAAGAAAAAUAAAUGUCUUAAAUAAUUUAA